AUGUCCAUUUCACUCAUUGCAUUGCGUCUAGAAGUAGCCGAAGAUUAUCCUUUGUUACCUCAUUUGCACUUUUCAGCAACAAGACAAAAGAGGGUUAUGCCACUCUCCGAUACAAACCAUACAAAAGGAGAAGGAUCAAAGGAAGAGACUCCCCCAGUUGAGGAAGCUCAGAAGGUAUUUCCUGUUGAUAAAUGCCGUGGGUCACGCAAGCUUCAGGAAAUGACUGUAGAAACAUUGAGCAAUUGCAGUGCUGCAGAAAAUAGUUCUAAACCUGAUGUAAUUUCUGAAAAAAAGUUGAAUCCUUCAGAGCCAGAAAACGAAAGUAAACAAAUUAAAGUAACCCCUGAGGGAAAGCCUUUAAAACUAAAACCAUGUGAUAAAAAAGCUCAACAAAAUGCUUCAAAGAAAAACUUAAAAAGUAAUUCUUUGAUCAAAGAUAAACAAGGAUCGAAAGUUAAAGAUAGUUCCCUUAUUGCUAGUAAAGGGAAUGAAAUGUCUCCAACAGUUUGUAAUACUGCUAAACCCGAAGAAAAAAGUGAGAUUACGAAUGUGAAUGUAACAGUAGAAGAGGAUAAAGAUAAAGACCCAAAUGACGGUGAUGAUGGGGAGAAUGCAAUCAAUGCCGAGCGACGUAACAGGCUGAUGCACUCACCACCCAUUCAUUUUUCAUCAGGAAAUCAUUUUGUGGAUGUUACGAAGGGGUUGCUGCAUUUGUAUAAAGAAAAUCAAAGAACUACACUUGCUGAAGAAGCAGAAAGAAGUGAAAUGCUGUGUAUUUUAGCUGUACCUGCUGCUAUGACUACUCAUGAUCUGUUGCAGUUUGUUGCUCCAGUCUAUGAUGACAUCGAACACAUGAGAAUCAUUCGUGAAAAUAAGCCCAACCAAUAUAUGGUGCUAGUAAAAUUUAGAAACCAGUUAUCGGCUGAUAUUUUCUAUAAAAACUUUAAUGGAGAAAGAUUUAAUUCCAUUGAGCCUGAAGUCUGCCAUCUUGCUUUUGUUGCAAAAGUGGAAACUGUAAAGGAAUCAGAGGAAGCCUAUGUUCCUUUGCCUGGACAUACAGAACUGCCUACAUGCCCUGUCUGUCUUGAAAGAAUGGAUGAAUCAGUGGAAGGCAUUUUAACAAUUCUUUGUAACCAUUCAUUUCAUGGUAGUUGCUUGGCAAAAUGGGGUGAUACUAGUUGUCCUGUCUGUCGGUAUUGCCAGACACCUGAAGUAAUGCCUGAUAACAGUUGUGUCGAGUGUGGAUCAAAAGAUAGUUUAUGGAUUUGUCUCAUUUGUGGACACAUAGGAUGUGGCAGAUAUGUUGAUGGCCAUGCAUAUCACCACUUUCUGGAUACUCAACACACAUACGCUAUGCAGUUGGGUAAUAGCCGUGUGUGGGAUUAUGCUGGAGAUAAUUAUGUUCAUCGUUUAGUACAAAAUAAGGCGGAUGGAAAGCCUGUUGAACUGGAACCUCGAUGGAUGGAAAAUGAAGAAAAAAUGGAUUCAAUGCAGUUGGAGUACACAUAUUUGUUAACGAGUCAGUUAGAGGCACAGAGACACUAUUUUGAAGAUAGAAUAACCAGAUUUGAAACUGAAGCACUGAAACAGUUGGAAGAGAUGAAAGAGAAGACUAAGCAUGCUGUUGAUGAAAGAAAGCAGUUGGAAGAAAAGCUAAAUAGGGUCACGAGAGAAAAACAGGGACAAGAAAAGAAAAUAGCACAAGUGUCUGCAAAAUUGAACAAAAUUAUGUUAGAACUCAAAGAUGAGAAAGAGAUGAAUAAGUGCCUUAGGCAAAAUCAAGCUUUGUGGCAACAAAAGUUGAAUAUUGCAGAAAAAGCCCUGAAAGAAAUUAGAGAUGUAAAAGAUAAAGAAAUUUUAGAUCUCCAGGAGCAAGUAAGAGAUUUAAUGUUUUACUUUGAUGCAAAAGAUAAAUUGCAAGAUGUGCCUAAUGUUUCUUCUCAAGAAAUUCAAGAGGGACAAAUUGUUAUUGAAGAAGCUUCUGGAAUUUCUACAGAAGCGGCAAAGCCACGUAAAAAGAAGCAUCGUUAAAUGUUUUGAUGAUUCAAUUUUAAAUUUCUAUUUUGUAAAUUGUAAAAAUAUAAAUGCACUUGUGCAGUUAUGACUUUUUUGCUUUUUCUUUAUAUUUUGAAAAAUGUACAUAU